AUGGAGCACCUGAAUUUCGAAGCUAUCGAAAAAAAUGACUUCAUGAGGUUGAAACUGAAGCUACAUUACCAUCUAUCCGUAAAUAAAUGUCAAAAUGGGGCACAAGGUAACACAGAUAACACUCCUGAGGUACCAAACAAAUUCGUUGCCCCAAAAUUGAAGGAUGUCAAAGUUCCAGCCAAAAAGAAUCAAGCUAAGAAAAAAGGAGGAAGUAAGAGAAACAUUAGUCAUGAUGUUGAAUGGACUCCUCCAAGGCAUUUUGGAAAAUCCGGAAACUGCAAAACAAAGGUAUAG